GAAAACCUGGCGCAAUAUUUAAAUGGAGCGACUUUCAUCCCCAUCUUUACAUUCCAAGCUAUUCUGAAAGACACUAUCGAAUAUGGCAAGGAAGCGGCCUCGAAGAUCGGAUUACAUAGCUCCACAGGACAUAAACUCGUCUAUAAACUUGGAAUCGAUUAGUCAUAACAAAUAAAUAAGCAUCUUUAGUGGGUUACGCGAAGAUUUGCUGAGUAAAUUGUUUUUUGAGUCGAUUUUGCCGAACGUUUAUCAAGUAUAUCAUGAGCCGUAUUUUUUGGGAUGCAAGAUUUACACAUAAUUAGAAUAAAAGCUCUUAACUCAAUAACACACUUACAAAACUUCAAACAUUCAUCUUGAAUCAUGCUUACUGGGAGAUCUAAUAAUGGGACUUGGUUGGUCCAUUGAAAUGUAUACAGUAACAUUUGUGUCUUUAACCUGGUUGUUGACGUUCGUGGUACCCUCAGGAUAUAGUACACAAAUGACUAAACUAUCUGGUUACCCGGACUAGAUGAUACAAUAGUACCUCUUGUGCUUGCUAAAUAUUUGAAAAUCCAGUCACUUGUAGGCUUACAUGCCUAACAGAAUUAUCAUUUCGUUAUGACGUCUACAAGUAGUGAUAUUGUUCCAGUUGGCACAAUAAUCAAAGAAAGAUGGAGAGUUUACACUAAAAUUGGUGGCGGUGGUUUUGGUGAAAUCUAUGAAGCUGUUGAUAUGAUCAAUCAACAAAAAGUUGCUGUGAAAGUUGAAUCGGCACAACAACCGAAACAAGUAUUAAAAAUGGAAGUUGCUGUACUUAAACGAUUACAAGGACGUGCACACACAUGUCGUUUUAUCGGUUGUGGCAGAAAUGAACAGUUCAAUUAUAUAGUAAUGAGUCUUCAAGGUAAAAAUCUAGCAGAUUUAAGACGAUCAACUCGUCGUGGAUGUUUUACUAUAAGUACAACUGUACGACUAGCUCGUCAAAUGCUUGUUGCUAUUGAAAAUGUCCAUAAUGUUGGAUUUCUUCAUAGAGAUAUAAAACCAUCAAAUUUUGCAUUAGGAACUGGGAUCGGACCUGGCGCUGUUAAUCCUAGACAAAUUGUGCUUCUUGACUUUGGGUUGGCUCGUCAGUAUACGACUGCAAACGGAGACAUUCGAGCUCCUAGACAGGUAGCUGGUUUUCGGGGUACUGUCAGGUACGCUUCUGUUAAUGCUCAUUCAAAUAAGGAACUUGGACGCCAUGAUGAUCUCUGGUCGUUAUAUUAUAUGCUUGGUGAAUUCAUAGUCGGUGAAUUACCUUGGCGAAAAAUCAAAGAUAAGGAGCAGGUUGGCUUGAUGAAACAAACGUUUGAUCAUAAUCAGUUAUUAAAGUUUAUGCCACGUGAAUUUAGACCAUUUCUUGAACAUAUUCAAAAUUUGACCUAUUUUGAUCGUCCAGACUACAUAUAUUUGCAUUCUUUGCUUAACGCUUAUAUGGAACGUCGUAGGAUAAAUGAAUCUGAUCCAUUUGAUUGGGAGAUAACAACUGAGCCUACGCCUGUUACUGGUGCUAAUGAGACCAAUCAGCACCAUACAACACAAACACCUAUAGCAACUCAACAAGCUGCUCAGGUCACUGUAGCUGGAACACAGGGAACACUAGAUGUCUCCAAGCUCCGAAAGGGUAUUCCUUCUGGAGUGGAUCAAAAUCGGCUAAAUGUUGGUGCAGGCUCAAGUGGAUAUAUAAGUGGAACUAGAUUGGCCGGAAGUAGUUCAAACUUAGCUCUUGUAAGUCCAGUUGUAACCACUUCAGUGGCUAAUGUAGGGAAAUCUUUUGAUGCUAUCCCAUGUCAUGGCGGACCAAAUGGUAGUGCCUUAAAUUCAAGAUCAGGUGUAGUUUCACAUCAUCGUAAUAAUGUCGACGAAAUUUUGAGCAAUCACAAUUCUCAGCAGCAACAAGGUAACAAUACACCGCGUAAAUCAUUUUCAAAUGCAGGUGCACGGUCGCAUCGACCUGCCACUACUCCACGUCUUGUUAAAGAAGCCGGAGCGGCGAGAGCUCGUGAAGCUGCCUCUAAAGAUGUUACCAAAGUAGAUCAUUUUUACUCUCCACAUUCUCAAGCUAAUCGUGUUUCUCCUUCAGCUAAAGUUGGUAAUACCGACUCAGUUUGUCAACCAACGGAUAGUUCUAUACCGAUUAGUUGUGGACAUCGUAAUAAUGAUCCAAACAGACUUCAACCUGGUAUAGGAACAACGAACAGCAAUUCAUCAAAUCGUCGACCAAUAAGUGCAGGUGCAGCUCAUCUUAGAAGUAGUGGAGGCACUAUAGGAAGUACAGCAAGUGUUGUUGGGGCUGGUUCAGGGACGCGAUGCGACACAAGUUGCACACACGCUGUCAUUGUAAUGGUCGAUCAAGGAGAAAAUAGUAAUUAUCAUGAUAUGACAAAAGCUGUUCCUCUCACACUCGCUAGUCAUUGGAUUGCUGGUGGAGAAGAUGAAGAAGGUUCGGGCCUCUCUGAAAAUGAAGAUGCUGUCGUAAAAGUUAAAGGUCCAGCUUCUUCUGUUGCUAGUGCUUCUGGUGGGGUUGGAGACGAAUAUGAUGCGUCGAAUCAUUUGAACAAAUUUAAUGGAACAAAUAAUCAAUUACCUGAAUGUGGGAGUGGAGAAGACAAUGAAGUAUUUCCCAGAAUGCAGUCAGAAAAUGGCAAUAAUGACAAUAAUUACUUUUGUAAUUGUGACCCUAGUAUGUUAAAUUCUCAGCGAGUCUUUCAACCUUCUGGAGAUGUUAACAAGGAUGUUGGAUCUGGUUCUUAUCAAGAGCCAGGAUCAGAUGAAAAUAGUGGAGAGAGAUCUUCAGUGAAUGUACCUUAUAUUACACCUGGCAGACAAGUAUCUAUUUCUUCUCAACACACAUAUGGAGAGGUUGAAAGUGGUUCCUACAGACAUAAUAUCAAUUCUUUUGGAAAUCGAGGUGUUGCACGUAAGCUAUCCCAAGGAUUUCGUCGACAAAGAGCACUGCCUCAAUAUCUUACUUCAGAAUCAAAAUUACUUCCAAGUUAUGGUAUGCCUACAGCCAAAGAAAGUUGUUUAGUCAAUUCACCAACUCGUUUGAAAUCUUUUAAAAGUGAUAAUGAUAAUAAUUGGAUCACUCGAAGUGGUGGUGAUUUAAUGCCUCAGUUUCCAAUUCCAUUCUCACGUUCCACAAGUCCAUAUCAUCCUCAUGGCUUAGAAAUUGUUGAUGAAAAUGCUAGUAUACCAGUUUCUAAGCAUUCACCAUAUAUUACACAAGAAAUGGUUGAUCGCAGGGGUCGAAUCCAGUAUAAAGAUUUACAUGAUCAUGAUUAUCGUGAGUCAGGAAAUAUAAUUAAUGAGUUUCAUUUUGAUCCAAUUGUUAAUUUAAAUAAUAAUCAUAAUGAUAAUAACAAUGCUAACGCUAAUAAUAAUCACAAUUAUUCAAAUACAUGGAAGUUUAAUCAAAACAAUAAUUGUUUUCCUAAUCCACCACAUUUAAAUUCUUCUAAUUCCAUGUAUCAUCAUUUACAACCUGUCGAGAAUCAAUCAAAUCAUAUGAGUCGUUCAAUGAUAUUAUCACAAACAAGCAGCGCUGAGCCAUCAUCCACAUAUAAUCUCAUGCAUCCAUUACGAAUAAAUAAUGAAAAUAAUGAGAUUAAUUUGAAACCACCAAAUUCAUCAUAUUUAACUGAUGGUCCUAUCUUUUAUAAAUCACCAUUUCAAUAUUCUUCAGCAUCGCCAUCUGUCACAAAACCAUUAACUACUACUAUAAUAUCACGUGAUUAUUUCCGCUCUCGUCCUGAUAUCUCUUCAGGAUCACGUCAAUAUUAUGUUUCACAACCAAAUAAUCAUUUCAGUACAACUACACGACGUCCGACAUUAUCGGUCGCACAAAAUAAUUCAUACUUAAAAGCACCAUUUUCUAAAUCUGAACAUAAUCUUUUACAUGCUGUGGAUAGCUUACCGGAAUUGGAAAACAGACGAUUUCAGCCUACAGUUGAAGAUGAUAGUUACUUGAUUGAAUAUUCUACUAAUCCGAUUGUAUCUAAAUCUUUAGCUGAUACUAAUCCAUCUAUUGAAAUAAUAAAUAGAUUUUCAUAUCAAUCAAAUAUAUCAAAAUCAUCAAUUGAUCAUGUAUUUGAACGUUCAUCUAAACCGAAUUCAUUAUAUUUUAUUCGACCAACACAACAUGCAAUUGAUAUGUAAUGUAGUUAUGAUGGAAAAGAAAAUAAAUAAACAAACAAAUCAUCAAUUAUUUCUAUGAUUAUGAUUAAUUUUGUGGUGUAUUAUAUAUGUGUGUACACUUAUUUCUUUUUUAUGAUUAUUAUUUUGAUUUGAAGAGUUCUUUUUGAAAAAAAAAAGAAACAUAAGCGAAAGAAAAAAGUAAACUGUUUUUAUCACUGAUUAAUUCAUUAUUGAAAUAAUCAUAUCAUUCUUCGUAUAUAGUGAAUGAUGAUAUUGAACAUUGAAGAAUCUUCCGUUUUGUUCGCUAUACUGUGAUUACUACCAGUACUACUACUACUACUAUGUAUAUUACAGUACUAUUUACACUUUUCACAAGGAUUAUAUAGCAUUGUGUUCAACUCUCAUGUUUCUAUCUUUAUAUUCAUUUAUUUCUUUUAUGUAUUUAUGUGCAUAUUUUACUACUUACUCUGUGCUAAUCACCAUCAUCAUCACCAUCUUCGCUGUAUUAUGUAUAUGUGUGUGGGUGUGAUUAGCCCAUUGUAUACAAUGUACAAUUAGAAAAUUCUGAUGUUAUCUUUUACCCAUUUACGGUUGCUUACUGUUGUUUAUAUAUUGUUUAUAUAUUUUUCUAGGCAAAUAAAAUUACUGAUAUAUGUUUGUUUUUCGUUUCUUUCUUUCUGUAGAAACGUUUAUUCUAUGCAAUUUAGGCUGUGCACUACUUGCUAUACAUGUACAUCAAAAACAAACAAACAAAAUGUUUACAUAUAUAUACUACUUAUUUAGUCUUCUAUCUCUCUUCAUAAAAUAUCCUUUACAAUAUAUCUUUUCAUUAAUAUUUCUAUAUUCUGUUCAAUAUCUUUCUUUUCUGUCUUUUCUUUUAAAAACGAGAACAAGCACUAUACUACUACUAUUACUACUUAAAUCAAAUUUCACACAUUUAUUUCUCUUUUCAUUUGAUUUAAAUUUCUUGACCAUUUGUAUAAUAUUUAAGAAAAGAAGAAAAAAAAUGAGAACUCAGUAACUAAUAUCAUUUUCUUUACUAUGUGCAUAUCAUAUUAUUUCAUUUCAUUUCUCUUUCUUUUUUUUUUUAAUUUUUUUAAUUUUAUUUAAUUAAAAUGUAACCCUAAUUAUCAUUUAACUUUGUCUAUAAAACUAUGUUUAUUAUUGUUAAUGUGAAUAAUGCUACUUAUUUAUCUACUUAUAUGAUGUGUAUAUUUGUGCAAUAUACACUGUACUUAAUAUGUGCGUAUAAAUUAUUAUAUGUAACUGUAUAUAUUUGUAUGUGUGUAUUUGGGUAUGAAAGGAAUUCUACCUCUUGAUGAGUUGAUAUGAUAAGAGUACAAUAAAUAUACAAUAGUACAGUUAAUAAUAUUAAUCUAAAUAUACAUAAUAUUGAAUGUCUCUUAAAUUGUCUUUCUUCUAGAGUAAUUACAUACAAUGUGUAUUUAUUAUUGUUCCAUUUGUUUCCUUCGUUUUUUCUUUUGAAUUCUUUGAUUCAUAGAAAAUGUUCUCUUUAUUUAUAUUUUCUUUAAAACUUUUUUCCCCUCUUUUUUAUUGUAUUACCCAUUGUUCUCUUUUCAUUCUUUUAAUUAUUCUUUUCUGGAUUGUUUGUUGUUUGUUUUUUAUCGUGAAAUAAAAGAGAUUAUUCUCUGAAUGUCCUCAUUUCUCUCUUGUUCUACACAAAGAUGUAAAUCAAUGAACCAAUGUCUUUCAUUAGAUAAAAAGCUACAUCUUCAUUUUUUUUGUUUUUCAUAACUGAUGUGAUAAAUAUCACUCAUUCUCUCUUUCUCCCUGUUUAGAACUGAUUCAUUAAGAUCCUGUUUUUUUUUUCUCUACCGAUAUUUACAAUAAUUAUUCAUGGUAUACGUAUGUGGAAAAUGGAUUUGGUUUAUUGGUUUUGUACCAUUGUUUCAAUGUCACAAACUGAUAACAACAUAAAGAUAGAUAUACUGUUUAUAUGCAUGCGUGUAUCUGCUUGUGUUGUUGUUGUUGUUUUUAUUUGUGGCAGUGUAAUUACACCUGACAUUCCAGCAUUUAGUAAUUUUAUUCUGGAGUUUUAUCUACUAAUUCUCUCGUUCUUUUUUUGAUUCGCAAGACAAUUAUUUGCACAGUUUACUCAGUUUUUCAUGGUUAUUCAUUUCUCAUGUCUGUUCGUUUGUGUUUUGUUCAUGCUUCUUUAAUGAAGCUAUUUGGUUUCCCCAAUUGUAAACCGCAUUUUCUUCGUUUAUUUUGAUUCUACUGUCGGUGGCGCUACUUCCUCUCCUUGUUAUGUCUCUGUUAUGAUCGUUUUUGUUUUCUCAUCUUAUCUUUCUGUCCAAUUUGUUCAAAGUGUAAUAUCUCUCAGGUGUAAAAGACAAAUAACUUGUCAAUAUUUUAUGUGAUAUUGUGUUAUUUAUGACCCGGUAGUGAAUUAAUUUGUCUAAUAUGCCUAUCACUUAUAUUUCUAUGCAUACUGUUAUGUAAGUUAUUUCCAUUGGCUCUGAUAAUUUCGUCAGAGCUGCUUUCCUUUGUGAUCCCGCAUAUAUAUAUAUUGAUAUAACAUUCCAACAUGCCCAAAUGCAACAUAGUUAUACAUCUGACUACACAAACAAAUGUAUAUGUUAAUUUAUAACACUAAUAUAUCACUGUUAUACUCCAUAUGGACGGAUAUAUAUAUUUAUAGAUACAUA